AUGACGACCUCGGCCGAGACCUUGGAAGCUUCCCUUACAAUCUCGGGGCGGGAUUUGGCGGGGCAGAGCAAAGCUUCGGAAGCACACCUUACCGGGUUCGUUCAGAUAACGCGCUGGGAAUGGCUUUAAGCCACCCAUUCAUAGAUCUGAAACUUCAUAUCGUCGGAUCUCCGCCUAUGCAGUCCUUCAAUAUCAGCGUACCCGUUAUUGCUUGGAACCAUAUUAGCGAAAUCAAGCUUCAUAUCGUGAAUUGGAAGUGUAAUGACUUGACACUUGAUCGUGGCUAGUUCAUGUGCCAAACUUCAUAUUCUUGUAGAUGUAAAAAGGUUAGACCCAUAUCAAAGCUUGACAAUUGCUCCAAUCGUGCCACUCUUACUGGUUAGUCCAUAUAUAUUUCAGAGCAAAGGGGAUUUUCUUAAUAAAAUUUGAUGAUUUUAAGGUACAUGUAAAUCUCAUUAGUGUCUAAAUCAUCACCAUUUAUUUGACUAAUAUUGUUUUUAGUUCCCUGGAAGGGACUUUUUAGAUUCUCCAUUCCAAUUAACAAUAUUCCACUUUAAAAAGUCAAAUUUUAUAGUCAUGAUUUUAUGGUUUGAUUGAAGUUAUAACAAUGCAAAUGGUUUGCUUUUAAGGCUUGAUUAUUUACCAUAAAAAGAUGGGAGACAUGCAGCUGAUCAUGCCUCUCGUCAUAUGUUUGGAUGCAUGGUUUCAUUUGCAACCAUAAUUUUUUCUGUCUAAUCCAUUAAAGGAACCAUAUUGAACUCAAAUUCCGACAUGUCAAUGAAAUAUAAGAAUCUGACUCAAAUCGCAAUCUCAAUACCAGCUAUAUGUGUUUUUCAUCUCUCUUUGAAUCUGAUGAUUACAUUGUUCUGCAUAUAUGUAUAUAGGUCUACAUAGUGUUCAUUUAAAAAAAACAAAUUGAUAAAAAUACUUCAAAUAUUCAUGCAAUAACAAAACAGCUCUAACUAUAUUGACAUCAAGUAGUAAAUGAUCCAUGAAUGUCUCCAUGUGAGUAAAACAUUAAAUGAUCUGAAAUGUAUUUUAACAUUUUUCCUAUUUGUUAACUUGCUACAUUUUAAUGUGGUUAUUAUAAACAUGGAGUUGUUGAAUAUAUAAUGACAACACAAGAAACCAAGAGUGGUGAAUCUAACAUUUCAUGAUCUCUAAGAUUUUUUAUUAAUCUUUGAAGAUCUAUUCACUCAUAAGAUUUGUAGUGGUUUGAUUUACUUGACCUAUUUCACUUUUUAAAGACUAUUCUUAGGUUCUAAUUUUUCAUAGUAAGAUUCCGCUGUACAUAAAAGCUUCAUCCAGUCUUUACUAGAUUUAACAUUUCUAGAAAACUCAACCAACUCACUUAAAACCCUUCUAGAUUCAUAGUUCUAUGUGGUCAACCAGAAGACCACCCAACUGUUUUCUCCAAAAUUCACAACUCAAUGGGGGGAUUGGAUAAGCACACAACUAAUUCGUUCUAAAUUCAUAGGUUUAAGUCAGCCAACUAGAUUACCACCCAUCAAAUCUGAUUUAGACUGAGAACUCUAGAUUGGCAUGAAUAAACUCUUCUUGAAGGCUUAAAGUGGAACACUUGGUUGAAGAACUUUUUGAGGCCAAGUUGUUAAAUCCUUGAUUUCUUGGCUUCAAAUUUAAGAAACUAUCUUCACUAUCACUAAAGGCAAGAAAAAAAGUUGCACCUUCAAAAUCUUAACUAGCCAAAGGAUUAGAAUAUCUCCUCUUUUUUUGAAAAUAUAAUUUUAAAAGUAUCAAUUAAAAAAAAGAUAAAUAAGUAUAAAAUCAACAACUAGAAAGCAUCAAUUCUAUGAAAUUCAACAUAGCAUUAACUAUAACAAAGAGAACAACUUUUGUAAUCUUUAAAAACCAUUUAAACUUUUAGAUUGAUUAUAAGCCUAUUACAAAUGCAUGUUUAUAUAAUAAUGAAUAACUAAAAAUAAAAUAAAUAUAACUUUCAGAAGGAGAGAUACAGACAUUUGUAAGUUGAUAGCCAAUAAUUGCAUUUCAUGAGAGCAGUUGCCUAAUCUCCUCAACAUCCCCUAUUUGUGAAGAAAAAGUGAAUACAUGUUUGGACUUUACCUUGACAUCUUUACUGAGAGGUGCUGAUAUUUAUGAGUUUUAUCUAUGUGAAGUCAUUGAUUUAGUCCUUCAGUACUCUACAACCUAUGUUGACAAACAUGGAGAUGAUGUGCACAAAUGUAAGCCUUUUCAAGUCAUGUAAACUUACAAGAGUGCUGAGUUUUUUUUGUUGAAUCAUUGCAUUAAAACACAAAAUUAUCUCAGUGACACAUAGCAAAUGUUUAUAGUUGGAGAUAGAGUGCCAAUAAACCCAUCGUGUGAGGAUAGAAAAUUUAAGAUGAAGUAAAUGAGAAAUGUGAUAUCUAGAUUUUCUGAAUUUAUCAAUAAUAUUGGUAAUUUUUACAUGAUAAAGAAACCCCAAUAGGUAGUUAACAUUGGCCCAUGUCACUUCAAGAAAAAGACAGCUUUUAAACCAUUAGAACUUCAUUUGAAAAAUCAAAAAUAAAAAGAAAACUAUUGAAUAUAGAAGGAACACUUUCCUCAACAAGAAAUAUAGAGACCAACAAAUACAUCAAGUUCAAGCACUUAAAAACAUAAAGCAGUUGAGACAAGAGCCAAAUUCCAAAUGUGAACUUUGUAUACAAUAAACCAUAAGAAAUCAAGCAUCAAGAAGGUAUGAGCAUGAACAAAAAGAAUGGUAACUUGUUGUACAUUGUCUUCUAGAGUACGAUUAUAAUCAAGACAAUUAUAGCUUCAGUUUAAAUAAGAUUAUCAUAUGUUAAUCUCAGUCCCAUAAAUCUUCAAUAGGAAGAAUUCUCCUUUGAUUUGGUCCUCUAGAGUUAUGAAUUUGGAAGAAGAUUCUUCACUAAAAAAAUCUUGAGUGUGUUGGAGAUUUUAGCCUUUAAAUAAGUGGACAUGUGAUGUCACUCACCCAAAAAAAAAUCAGAUCAUUUAAAAAAUAAUAUAGCCCUAAGAAGGCAAUGUAUUAUCUAUACAAUUUUAGGUCUUUUAAUGUGAAUUUUCGUCUUCAACUCACUUUGCACCCUGCACCAACUUUUGCAGUUCUCAUUUUUUACAUUUACAGGGCAUCUUGGUCUCCAACUUUUGGCCUUUCUCAUUCCUCUCAGUGAUUUUUAUAUUUAUGGCAUAAAAUAAAUACCUUAAAAAGUAUUGUAAAGGAGAGUAGAACCACAAUAAUAUCAUGCAUAACUCUAACUAACAUUCUUAAUCACUCUUAAUGAAUCCACUAUCAUAGAUUGUUUUGUUAGUCAUCAAUUACAUUGAAAAUCAUUCUUAUCUUAAGAUCUCAUUAGAAAAGAUGACUGAUUCAUCCUCUGUUCUUAGUUUUUUGUUUCUCAUACAAAACCCAACAUGACUGAGGUUAACUCCCUAAUUAUUCUGAAGUCAAUUAAUAAUAUUUCAAUCAUAAAUUUCUUACUAGUUGUGAUAUAAAACUCUUUUAAAAUUUCUAUAGCCAGCUCAUGAACAUGCAUGUUAGGUGAAUCUUAUAAAGGAAAGAAUAUGAUGGAUGAUUCUACUUAAACAUUAAUAAAGUCCUAAUUUAUUGUACAUUAAGAAUAAUGUUUGUGGAGAGCUCAACUACCCUUUCAACAUAUAACUAAUGUUUAGAACUAAUUCACCAUGGAUCUUUCCUACUACUAUUUUCUUCUUGUUACAUUGUUUCCUGAAAGUAUUUUAAAAUGUAAUUAAUUUUAUUUCAUAAAGAAGAAAAUAGAGUUCAUGACAAGUUUGUACAGAACAUAAAUGACGUAAAGAAUGAUUCAAACUGUAUAUUCGAUUAAUGCUAUAUAUAUAAUAUUCACUGCGAAAACAGCUCACCUUUCACAAACCUAGAUAUCAGCGGGAAUUCAUCAGUCGCUAUAGUGGUAUCCCUCCAUCCGAGGUCCCUCUUCCUCUUCUUCGUCUUCACUCGGUGGCCAACAAGUCCAGUCAGCAUGCGGCGGUGAGCCCAAUCUGGCCCAAAUAAAAGAUGGCCCAGUACCCGUUGGUUCCCCCCCCGCAGUGGAGAUCGCGGAGCAGCUGACGUGGCAGGGGAAGCGACCACAGACCCCUAGCGGCGGGCCCUGCCAUGAGGACGGGGAGGCGCCACUGGCUUGUGGAGGAGAGAAUAGGAUAA